AUGGUGAAAACAUCUCUAGGAAGACUAGGAGGCAGAAAGGAAGAAGAAAAAAAAGAGAAGCAUAAAAAGGAGAAGCAUGAGGAGGAGAAGAGGCAGAGUGAGGAGGAGAGGCAGAAAGAAAAAGAAAGGGAGAAGAGGGAAGAAGCAAAGCAGAAGGUGGAAGAGAAAAAAAAGGAGAAGAAGAGAAAAGGAAAGCAAGAAAGAAGGAGGAAAAAGGAGGAGUGGAGAAAGAGGAAGCAAAAGAAGCAGAAGGAGGAAAGAAGGGAAAAAGUGAAAAAGAAGCAGAAGAAGAAGAAGAGAAGGAAGAGGAAGCAGGAUAAGAAGACAGAUGGGGAGACAGACAAGGAAAAGGAGAAGAAACGGGCUGAAAAAGGCAAGGGCUUGGCUGUUGAGCCUCUGGUAGAACAGGGACCUGCAACAGGUAGCCCUAAGGAGAAGAAAAAAUGGAAAAUCCCACAUUACUGUCUCCAACAUGCCUGGCCACUACCUUACUGCCUCUAA